CAUGGUGGUUCGUGGGAGACGAAAUGUCGGCCCAAUGGUUUCAGAUAGUAUUAUAAAUAGUGGUGUUUGGUGCGAUUUAACAUUGAUAAGUCUAUUCCUGAUAGUUUUUUAAAUGUCACAGUACCACGUGAUUGUGAUUGGCGGAUCAGCAUCAGGCUUGCAAGCCUGUUUGACGUUUGGCAGGGCCUACUUAAACGUCCUGUGCAUUGAUUCUGGUUACCCUUGCAACAGGUACGCCAAAGAGUCGCACAAUUUUCUUACGCACGACGGAUCGUCGCCGGCCCAGAUCAUAGCCAAAGCCAAAGAACAGCUGCAGAAGUAUCCUACCAUCAAGUUGAUGGAGGGAACCGUGCGGAACGUGUGCAAGGAUGUUUCUAAGGAGGCCGUUAAACACCCAUUUCGAGUCGAGGUAGACUCUCCUAAAAAUGGCACAUCCAACUCGUUUAUGGCUUCACGCGUCUUGUUUGCCUCUGGACUAAACGACAACGUUGACAAGAUACCAAUUGAGAACAUUGAAAAAUUCUGGGGAAACUACGUUAUCCACUGUCCUUUCUGCCAUGGAACCGAGUUCAGGAACGGCAAGACGGGAAUCUACUAUACGAAUGCAUUACAUCUUAAAUUCAUGCUGCCAACCCUGCACAACUGGAGUCAAGAUAUCGCUGUGAUCUGUCCCGACGAUGUUUAUGGCUCCUUGGAAGCAGAUUUUGUUUCGGCUAUGCAGCAGAAAAGUAUCUCUUUACACAAGGGCAGAGUUGUCAAGUUAGAGCCACGAAGCAGUGAGGAUGGACGACUGGGCAGGGCAAUUCUUGACGACGGCACCGCAAUCGAGCUCGAUGUGCUCUACACGAUUCCACCUUCAACCAUCAACAAUAAGGAGAUUAUUACCAAGCUGGGCGUUGAAUUGGACGAGAUGGGACUUAUUAAAGUCUCUCCCCAGCAGAAGACGAACGUGGAGGGCGUUUUUGCAAUCGGUGACAACACUACCCGCAUGAGAGCACUGGCCUUUGUAGUUGGCCAGGGUAUGCUUGCAGCAUCCUCCAUUUGUCAUGAAAUCCUACACGAGCGCUGGAACGCGUAAGUUAGUGGUCCCUUUAAGAUAUCGGAGUGAGAUUUUUCAGUGUCUAGUCUAACUUUAAUUUUUCUUGUUAUUUGAUUGUCGUUCAUCGAGUUGAAGAGAUUUUAAGGAAAUGAAAAUGUCCCUCCAUAUAAAAUGAUCCUUCCAGCAUCCAAAGCGUAGACGA